AAUUGGAAUUCCAUAUCAUGAGUCAUGACCAACAAAGGAAUCAAACCUUAAUAAAAAGUCCCCCAAAAUGGCUCCAACAAGAAACCACCUUCUUCACAUUGCCAUGUUCCCAUGGUUUGCAACAGGUCACAUGACUCCAUUCCUCCACCUUUCAAACGAGUUAGCCAAAAGGGGUCACAAAAUCACGUUCUUGCUACCUAAAAAAGCCAAACUACAACUCCAACACCUCAACAACCAUCCUCACCUCAUCACAUUCCAUACCCUCACAAUUCCUCAUGUAAAAGGCCUUCCUCAUGGCACCGAAACAGCCUCAGAGAUCCCCAUUUCCUUGAACCAUUUACUAGUCAUAGCCAUGGACAAAACCCGUGACCAAGUGGAGCACACACUUAGUGCAACAAACCCUGAUUUUGUGCUCUAUGAUAACGCUUAUUGGGUGCCCCAGAUAGCAAAAAAGCUGGGCAUCAAAACCAUUUGUUACAAUGUGGUUUGUGCAGCAAGUUUGGCUAUAGUUCUUGUGCCUGCAAGGAAUGUUCCCAAGGACAGGCCAAUUACUGUGGAGGAACUAAGCCAACCACCAGAAGGGUACCCUUCAUCCAAAGUAGUUCUUACUGGCCUUGAAGCAGAGUCAUUGAUGUUUAUUUCAGUACCCUUUGGUGAAGACAACAUAACAUUCUAUGAUCGCAUAACUAGUGCCUUGAGAGAAAGUGAUGCUAUAGCCAUUAGAACAAGUAGGGAAAUUGAGGGUAACUUUUGUGACUACAUUGCAUCACAGUUUGGAAAAAAAGUGCUUUUGACUGGGCCAGUGUUGCCAGAGGAGGCUGAGGGGAAGUUAGAAGAAAAUUGGGCCAAUUGGCUUGAUGCGUUUGCGAAUGAGUCUAUUGUGUAUUGUGCAUUUGGGUCUCAAAUCAAUUUGGAGAAAGAUCAAUUUCAAGAGCUUUUGCUUGGGUUUGAGCUUUCAGGGUUACCCUUUUUGGUUGCUCUCAAAACUCCUAGAGGGUGUGAGAGUGUGGAAGAGGCACUGCCUGAGGGGUUUGAAGAGAGGGUGAAGGGGAGAGGGGUGGUUUCAAGGGGGUGGGUUCAGCAAUUGUUGAUCUUGAAGCACCCUUCUGUGGGGUGCUUUGUGAACCAUUGUGGGUUUGGGUCUAUGUGGGAGUCUUUGAUGAGUGACAAGCAGAUAGUGUUGGUUCCACAGUUGGGGGACCAAGUUUUGAACACCAAGUUGCUUGUUGAGGAACUUGGAGUGGCUGUUGAGGUGGAGAGAGGGGGAAAUGGGUGGGUCUCCAAAGAGAGUUUGAGCAAAGCCAUUAAGUUAGUGAUGGAUGGAGACAGUGAGGUUGGUGCUAGAGUGAAGAAGAAUCACAUGGAGUGGAAGAAAACUGGGGGCAGUCCUAAUUUAAUGAAUGGUUACAUGGAUAGGUUUGUCCAAAAUCUUCAAGAUUUUCCUCUCCAUGGGUGAUUGAAGGAUUUUUUUCAGAGGGAUGGAAUUCAUCGUUUGCCCACCAAAUGAAAAUGAAAUUGUUUAGAAAAUAAGUUAAGAGAUAAAAUAUCUAGAGUUUAAUGCUCAGUCUACUUUAUGAAUGGUGCAGUUUGACUCUUAUUUAGUAGUUGAAUUCAGUAGUUCAUGUGAUACUUUAUAUUUAAAUAUAUUUUUUAUUUUUAAUAAA